AUGGCUUCCAAUCCUUUCAUCGUGUCGUGGUGGCCGCUCGCUCUAGCAGAUCCAGCAUUAUUUCACGUCUCAAUACAAACGGCAUCACUUGAUGAAGAACGUCGAGCUCAAAGAGGAUUUCCAGUAUCAGAACUUCUCAUGGCUGAUUCUGUAUCGUUGAUACGAAGUAAAAUUGGCAGUGGCCUGCUGGCUAUCCAAGAUGAGACUUUGAAUUCAGUGGUUACUCUGGCUGCCAUAGAACAUGGAAAAGGUAACAUUGAUGCCAGCAGAGCUCAUAUAGAUGGUGCAAAGCGUAUUGUUGGGAUCCGUGGGGGACUUGAUCAAGUCAAGCAAGCAAGCCCGUUGACGGCCAGAAUGAUAGCUUGGGUAUCUUUACUGGUCACAGGAUCCCCUCAGUACCCAACGCAGAAUGAGAAUGGCAUGGGAGACGGGGUCAGUCCAACGCUACAAUGGCUCUUGUCAUCGUCGUUUUUAGAGACACCAGAUCCGGUUGUGCAGGCUCUUGAUCUGCAACCCGAGAUAGCGGAGGUGUUUGCUCGUCUACGCGGUAUUCUUCAUCAGCCAGAUGCUUCGAGUCUGCUGGGCACAGAGCUACAUGAUCUGACAUGUUUCGUCGUUCACAAGCUCUUGCUCAUGCCUUCAUACACAGCAUCACCGCAUUCCGAAUGUCUACGAUGCGCAAUGGCACUCUACAUGCUAAUCAUCCACGGUACAACAUACUACACGCAUACGGAGCUCGCCAACAAUAUUGUUCAGCUGCUCAAGGAUCACCUCCAGCCUCUGGCGGGAAAGACUGGGAGCAUCUCCUUCAACUCUCUACAAAUCUGGGUUCUUUCCGUCGCCAUUGUUUCAGCCACUGACCCAACAGAAAUCCAGUGGCUUGCUUACGCAGCAAGGAUUGCCUCUAAUGCCUUGGGUCUACAAACAUGGGAUCACGUCGUCAUUCAUCUGAAGAAUAUUCUGUGGUUGGAAACUGAGAGGGCAGAGGUAUUUCGUCAUCAGUGGGCGAGUAUUUUGACGUGA